GCGGAGGAGGCGCCGGAGCCCGAGCCCGAGCCCGCGGCGGCGGCGGCGGCGGCGGCGGCGGCGGGAGGAUGUGGUUCUUCGCCCGGGACCCGGUGCGGGACUUCCCGUUCGAGCUCAGCCCGGAGCCCCCCGAGGCCGGCCCGCCGGGGCCCUGGGUGCUGCACCGCGGCCGCAAGAAGGCCACCGGCAGCCCCGUGUCCGUCUUCGUGUACGACGUGAAGCCGGGCGCCGACGAGCAGACCCAGGUGGCCAAAGCCGCCUUCAAGCGCCUCAAGACCCUGCGGCACCCCAACAUCCUGGCCUACAUCGACGGGCUGGAGACAGACAAAUGCCUCCAAGUGGUGACCGAGGCCGUGACCCCGCUGGGAACGUACCUCAAAACCCGGGCCGAAGCGGGGGGCCUGAAGGAGCCGGAGCUCUCCUGGGGGCUGCACCAGAUCGUGAAAGCGCUCAGCUUCCUCGUCAACGACUGCAACCUCAUCCAUAACAACGUCUGCAUGGCCGCCGUGUUCGUGGACCGGGCUGGCGAGUGGAAACUCGGGGGGCUGGACUACAUGUACUCGGCCCAGGGCAGUGACGGAGGACCCCCCCGCAAGGGCAUAGCUGAGCUGGAGCAGUAUGAUCCCCCUGAACUGGCAGAUGGUGGAGGCCGAGCUGUCCAAGAGAAGUGGUCGGCCGACAUGUGGCGCUUGGGCUGCCUCAUCUGGGAGGUCUUCAAUGGGCCCCUGCCCCGGCCCGCUGCCCUGCGCAACCCCGGGAAGAUCCCCAAGUCGCUGGUGCCCCAUUACUGUGAGCUGGUCGGAGCCAACCCCAAGGUGCGCCCCAACCCGGCCCGCUUUCUGCAGGACUGCCGGGCCCCUGGCGGCUUCAUGAGCAACCGCUUCGUGGAGACCAACCUCUUCCUGGAAGAGAUUCAGAUCAAAGAGCAGGCCGAGAAGCAGAAGUUCUUCCAGGAGCUGAGCAAGAGUCUGGACUCAUUCCCCGAGGAUUUCUGCCGCCACAAAGUGCUACCCCAGCUGCUCACCGCCUUUGAGUUCGGCAACUCGGGGGCCGUGGUGCUUACACCCCUCUUCAAGGUUGGCAAGUUCCUGAGCCCCGAGGAGUACCAGCAGAAGAUGCUCCCGGUGGUGGUGAAGAUGUUCUCAUCCACCGACCGUGCCAUGCGCAUUCGCCUCCUGCAGCAGAUGGAGCAGUUCAUCCAGUACCUGGACGAGCCCACGGUCAACUCCCAGAUCUUCCCGCAUGUUGUGCAUGGCUUCCUGGACACCAACCCUGCUAUCCGAGAGCAGACAGUCAAGUCCAUGCUGCUGCUGGCCCCCAAGCUGAACGAGACCAACCUCAAUGUGGAGCUGAUGAAGCACUUCGCGCGGCUGCAGGCCAAGGACGAGCAGGGCCCCAUCCGCUGCAACACCACCGUGUGCCUGGGCAAGAUCGGCGCCUGCCUCAGCACCAGCACCAGACACAGGGUCCUCACCUCCGCCUUCAGCCGGGCCACCAAGGACCCGUUUGCGCCCUCCCGGGUGGCAGGUGUCCUGGGCUUUGCUGCCACCCACAACCUCUACUCCAUGAGUGACUGUGCCCACAAGAUCCUGCCUGUGCUCUGCGGCCUCACCGUGGACCCUGAGAAGUCUGUGCGGGACCAGGCCUUCAAGGCGAUUCGAAGCUUCCUGUCCAAACUGGAGUCCGUGUCUGAGGACCCCUCCCAGCUGGCUGAAGCGGAGAAGGACGUGCAUGCGGCCUCCAGCCCUGGGGCCGGGGCCGCCGCCGCCAGCUGGGCUGGCUGGGCCGUGACGGGGAUGUCCUCACUUACCUCCAAGCUGAUCCGCACGAACCCUGCCACUUCCCCCACCGAGACCCCCGCUGCGCAGAGACCCCCGCCUGAGGGCCUACCCGCCCCGGCUGCCACCCCUGUUCCUUCGCCGCCAGUCCCCAGCCGCUGGGAGACACAAGAGGACAAAGACGCAGAAGAUGACAGCGGAGCUGCUGACAGAUGGGAGGACGAGGACUGGGGCAGUUUGGAGCAGGAAGGUGAAUCAGCACUGGCUCAGCAGGACGACUGGAGCAGCCGGGCACAGGGCAGCGGGGCCGGGCAGACCAGCAAUCCGGAUCCCAAGACCCCGGAAUCGGACUGGAACAGCUGGGAAACCGAGGGCUCCUGGGGACAGGGCUGGCAGGAACAGCCAAGCCCGCGGGAGUCAGCCCCGGAGGGCACACGGCUGGCCAGCGAGUAUAACUGGGGUGGCUCAGAGCCCAGCAACAAGGGUGAUGACCCUUUUUCCAUGCUGUCUGCACGCAGGGAGACUGGCGGCCAGUCACGGAGAGACUCUUGGGGGGACGACAACUGGGAGGGCCUGGACACUGACAGCCGGCAGACCAAGGCGGAUCUGGCGCGCAAGAAGCGAGAGGAGCGUCGCAGAGAGAUGGAGGCCAAGCGGGCCGAGAGGAAGGCAGCCAAGGGCCCCAUGAAGCUGGGGACCCGGAAGCUGGACUGAGCCACUGGCCUGGGCGCCUCCCGGCCCUGUAUUUAUUGUACAAACUGUGAUAAUCAAGCCACAAUAAAUUCUAUUUCACAA